AUGAAACCAUUCAGCCGCGAUCACGCAAUACCAAGGGAGAAAAGGACCGAUAAGCGCCCGAUUCCCUCAUGGAAGCUUGUUCUAGACCAAGGGGCCGUCGCUCAGUCGGUGCUAAGCCACCAGCAUGCUGGGUCGGGCACUGAAGAAAGCCCGUUUGUUGUCGCAUGGCUCAACAACGACUUUCGCGACCCCAUGCUGCUCAGUAUGACCCGCAAGAUCAUGAUCACACUGAUUGUCUCUUUUGCAACGCUGGUUGUUGCCCUCGCAUCGUCCGCAUACACCGGGUGCAUGAAGGAGCUGAUCGAGGACUUGGACGUCGACAAGGAGGUUGCGACUUUAGGUCUGUCGCUGUUUGUUCUAGGGUUUGCAUUAGGCCCUGUAUUCUGGGCGCCCCUCAGUGAGGUCGUUGGACGGCAGUACCCGUUUAUUCUCUCCUUUGGGGCAAUGGCUGUCCUGCUCGCUGGUUGUGCUGCAUCCCCCAAUAUCGAGUGCUUGAUUGUGCUGCGGUUCUUCGCUGGCGCCUUUGGGUCCGCACCAUUAACCAACGCCGGUGGUGUCAUUAGCGACAUGUUCCCAGCUCGCCAGCGGGCACUUGCCCUGAGUCUGUUCGCUGCUGGUCCAUUCAUGGGGCCUGCACUGGGUCCCAUUAUCGGGGGGUUCCUAGGAAUGAGUGCGGGCUGGCGCUGGGUGGAAGGGUUCCUGGCAGCACUGGCCGGGUUCUCGUGGCUCACCAUGGCUGUAUUUGUGCCAGAGACAUAUGCCCCGAUUCUUCUGCGGCGCAGAGCACAACGGCUUUCGCAAUUGACUGGAAAGGUCUACCGAGCAAGGUUCGAUAUGGGGCAUCGGGCCGGUCUCGGGGAAAUACUGCGCAAGUCCUUGUCGCGGCCAUGGGUUUUGUUAUUCCGAGAGCCUAUCGUACUGCUGCUGUCUAUCUAUAUUGCACUUAUAUACGGAGCUCUCUUUAUGACGUUUGGUGCUUUUCCCAUAGUCUACCAGGAGGGACGUGGAUGGAAUGAAGGCGUAGGAGGCCUUUCAUUCUUGGGAAUCAUGGUGGGCAUGAUCCUCGCAAGCAUCUACACUGUAUAUGACAAUCAGCGAUACCUGCACGUCUUUGAUAAACAUAACGGGUUCGCUCCUCCCGAGGCUCGUCUGCCCCCAGUUAUCCUAGCAUCGAUUACCAUUCCUGCUGGUCUUUUCUGGUUUGCGUGGACCAAUUCGCCUUCUGUCCACUGGAUGGCAAGUAUUGCGGCCUGCGUCCCAUUCGGAUUCGGAGUCAUCCUGGUAUAUCUUGGUAUUCUGAGCUAUCUGAUAGAUUCAUAUACUAUCUUCGCAGCGUCAGUACUUGCUGCUAAUUCGGUUAUGCGGUCUGGGUUUGGUGCCAUCUUUCCUCUAUUCACUACAUAUAUGUACGAGGGCCUUGGGAUCCACUGGGCGUCGUCAAUACCUGCUUUCCUCACAUUGGCCUGCGUUCCAUUCCCCAUUGUUCUCUACAAGAAAGGCAAAUUAAUCCGAAAGCGAUGUAAAUAUGCUGCUCAGUCAGAGGCGUAUAUGCAGAGUCUUCGGGAAUCGCCAAACCAGGAGAGCAGCAGCAAAGAUUGA